CUGAUGCAGCUGUAAUACCCACCGGCGACCAGCCACACAAGACCCCGACAAUGCGGUGCGUACUCAUCUGCGCGCUGGUCCUCGUGGCCGGUGCCUCGGCCGACCUAUGGGGUCCCGGUGACGACAGCAGCAACGGCAGCGCCAUGCAGGCGGUUCUGCCCCACGACGUCUACCCGGGCUUCGAGGUCAUGCAGUUCGAGGGUGGCUCCCCCUCGAGGCAACAGCAGCAGGUGCCCUCGAGCUUCCGGCUCCUCGAGACCGGCUUCUCCAAGUUCUUCACGGUCCUCGACAACGGCAUAGUCAUGACGACCUCGGACCUCUCGCCGCUGGUCGACAGGCCCGUCAACCUGGUGGUCCUCGAGGAGCGGCCCAACCGCACCGAGACCCACGAGCUCCACCUGUACGUGAUCAACCGGCGCAACAUGCUGACCUUCUCGCACGACCGGCUGGGCGAGGGCGAGGUCGAGGAGAACUCCCCCCCGGGCACCCCAGUCGACGGCUUCCCGGUACUCCACGCCCGGGGUAACUUUCCCGUGCACUACAGCAUACUGGAGGAGGACGGCGGCCCACCACUCUUCGCCCUCAGCGAGAGCCACUUCAAGCAGACAGGGUUGAACCUCACCCUGAGGAGCCCCAAGCAGGGCAUAAGGAUCGUGACGGCGGGUCCCCUGGACAGGGAGCUCAAGUCCAGCCACAGGGUGGUGGUGCGGGCGUCGGACAGCGACUACAUCAGCUCAUCGAGGAUCGAGGGGGUGGUCAACGUCCUCGACGUCAACGACAACAGUCCGGUGUUCGAGCAGAUGGUUUACAGCUUCGAGAUCUCCCCGGACAACCUGGACGAGCUCCAGCGGGCCAGGCGCGGCAGUGGCGUCAAGCCGAGGUGGAAGAGGUUCUCGACCAUCGGGAGGGUCUUGGCGAAGGACGCGGACGGCGACAAGGUGGCGUACAAGCUCGUCACGCCCACCAACCUGGUGAUCAUCGUCCCCCAGACCGGGGAGCUGCUGCUGGCCGGGGAGCCCGAAGUCGCCCCGGACUUGGACACCGAGAGUGAGUUUCUGGUGGAGGCGCAUGACAUCGGGACGCCGAGCAGGAUGGCCGCGGCCCCGGCUAGGGUCCUGGUGCGUUUUUUGACCUCCGGAGGGGAAAAGAUCGACCUGGACGAGGAGACCGAGGAGGACGAGGAGGAGAGGCCGCAGGUGCACAGGAUCAGAAGGAGGGUUCCGAGGGCGGUGAGGCCGACCAAGAAGAUCGAGUUCGCCGAGUCGGACGGGGAUGUCGAGGGAAAGGUUGUCUUCAACCUCGAGAAAGAGAACGACAAGGAGACCUUUAAAAUAAGGGAUGAGAACAAGUGGGUCACCGUAGCGGCCAAUGGCACGGUUAGGGUCAACCACAAGUGGGACUACGAGGAACUCGGGCCCGAGAAGACGAUCGAUUUCUGGGUGACGGUCACAAAUCCAGGUAACCUAUAUACCGACAACCAGCGUGUCAUCAUUAGCAUAAAGGACGUUAACGACGAGCCGCCGUACUUCAUCAACAGGCCGCUGCCCAUGCAGGCCGUGGUACAGCUCAAUGCUCCGCCCAACACGCACGUUUUUACUCUACAGGCUCGAGAUCCCGACACCGACAGCAACAUUCAUUAUUUCAUCGUCCGAGACAGAACUGGCGGCAGGUUUGAGGUCGACGAGCGGUCGGGGGUCGUGCGAACUCGUGGCUCGGAUCCGUUCCAGCUUGACAUGGAGUACGUCCUCUACGUCAAGGCAGAGGACCAGAACGGCCGCAUCGACGAGAGGCGAUAUCAGUCCACCCCCGAGGAGAGAUUGUCGAUUAUCGGAGGAAAGCGAGCGCCGCAAUUUUAUCUCACGGCUUACGAGGCCGAGAUACCGGAGAACAAGAAAAAGGAUUCAGACAUCAUUUCGGUGAAAGCCAAGUCGUUCGCCGACCGCGAGAUCCGUUACACGCUCAAAGCCCAAGGACAAGGUGCAGCCGGGACGUUCAACAUUGGACCCUCCAACGGAAUCGUCAAAUUGGCCAAAGAACUGGACUUUGAAGAUCUACGGCAACCCCACAUCUACCAACUGCUGGUCACGGCCACCGAAGAUUCGGGCGGCUUCUCAACUUCGGUCGAGCUGACUAUACGAGUGUCGGAUGUUAACGACAAUGCACCAAAGUUUGAAUUGCCAGAUUAUCAAGCCCACAACGUAGACGAAGACAUUCCACUGGGCACAAGUAUAUUGAAAGUCAAAGCCACGGAUGCGGACUCUGGAGUAAACGCGGAAAUAGAUUAUCUGGUGUCCGACGACCACUUCAGUGUCGAUUCCAACGGUCUCAUAGUAAACAACAAACAACUCGAUGCCGACAAUAACAAUGCGUACUACGAGUUUAUUGUCACUGCCAAAGAUAAAGGUGUGCCGUCGAAAAGUGGUACGGCUACUGUACGUAUCUACACGAAGAACAAGAACGACGAGGAGCCAAAGUUCUCGCAGCAGGUGUACACCCCGAACGUGGACGAAAAUGCCGGGCCGAACACGCUGGUGACGACAGUCGUAGCUUCGGAUAAGGACGGUGAUACGGUGCGUUUUGGUUUCGUGGGAGGUGGAACAUCGUCCGGGCAAUUCGUCAUCGAAGAGAUCACCGGUGUCAUUCGUCUCCACAACAAGCAAAUAUCCCUGGAUCGAGACAAAUACGAAUUGAACGUCACCGCGAUGGACGAUGGCUCUUGUUGCAUCAACGGCGCCAAGAACAUUCACACGAGCACGGCCGUCGUUGUCGUCUUCAUCACCGAUGUCAACGACAACAAGCCCGAGUUCAAGGAUUGCGCGAGUUACUAUCCCAAGGUCGAAGAAGGCGCGACUAAUGGCAGUCCAGUCAUCAAAGUGCAAGCCACCGACAAGGACAAGGGUGUCAAUGGACAGGUGAAAUAUUCGAUAGUACAACAGCCCAAUCAAAAGGGUACCAAGUUCACGGUGGACGAGGAAACUGGCCAGGUUUCGACGAACAAGGUUUUCGAUCGCGAAGGUGACGAUGGCAAAUUCGUAUCGGUGACAGUCAAGGCAACGGAUCAGGGCGAGCCGUCGUUGGAGGGUGUUUGUUCGUUCACCGUCGAAAUCACGGAUACCAACGACAACCCACCCUUGUUCGAUCGUCAAAAAUACGUCGAAAAUGUGAAGCAGGACGCGAGUAUUGGUACAAAUAUACUUCGAGUUUCAGCAUCGGAUGAAGAUGCUGAUAACAACGGAGCGAUCGUAUACUCGUUGAGCGCACCUAAUGACGAGUCCGGUUUGGAAUACUUUGAGAUCCAACCGGAGUCUGGUUGGAUCGUGCUGAAAAAACCGCUCGACCGAGAGAAGUAUCGGCUGAAAGUAAGCGCCUCCGACAGAGGGACACCGCCCUCGUUUGCCGAAGUGGACGUUGAAUUAGACGUCGUAGACAGAAACAAUAAACCUCCUGUGUGGGAUAAGAUUGUAUACGGCCCCAUUCACAUCAAAGAAAAUGUCACAAUGGGUACUGUAGUGACGUCGAUAAAAGCCAGCUCUGGCAUCGAAAAUAAUCCAGUCGUAUUUUACCGCUUAAUGCCCGGUUCGACGGCACAAACCAACAAGUUUCACACGUUUUAUCUGCAACAGCGGCCCGAAAAUUCGGUCACCUGGGCGGACAUAAAGGUUAACCACCCCCUUGACUUCGAAAGCAUAAAGGAGUACAAUUUAACCGUGAGAGUCGAGAACAAUGGGGCGCAGCAGCUCGCCUCGGAGGCCACGGUUUUCAUCAUGCUGGAGGACGUUAACGACGAAAUACCGCUGUUCACCGAGCGCGAGCAGGAGACCGUGCUGGAGGGUGAGCCGGUCGGCAGUAAGGUCACGCAGGUCAACGCCAUAGACAAGGACGGCACAUUCCCCAAUAAUAAGGUCACGUAUUACGUGGUGGAGAGCGAGCGGAACGAGGGAAAGGAAUAUUUUGAGAUCAACAGGGAGACCGGCGAGAUCUUCACCAAGAUUGUCUUCGAUCGGGAGAAGCAAGGAGCUUACGCUCUCGAAGUCGAGGCGAGGGACGGCGCACCGUCCGCACGGCCGAACAGCAACGAUCAACCCAACUCCGUUACGAAAUUCAUCCGCAUUGGAAUUGCAGACAAGAACGAUAACCCUCCCUAUUUCGAUAAAGAACUUUACGAAGCUGAGGUAGAUGAAAAUGAAGAUAUUCAACAUACCGUCCUUACUGUUACCGCCAAAGAUCACGAUGAGUCCUCGCGUAUACGAUACGAGAUCACAAGCGGUAACCUAGGAGGUGCUUUUGCCGUAAAAAAUAUGACAGGGGCCAUUUAUGUUGCGGGACCUUUGGAUUACGAGUCGAGAAAGCGAUACGAAUUAAAGCUGACGGCAUCGGACAACCUAAAGGAGAACCACACGAUCGUCGUGAUCCACGUUAAAGACGUGAACGACAAUCCACCUGUCUUUGAGCGGCCAACUUAUAGGACUCAGAUUACCGAGGAAGACGACAGGAUGCUACCAAAGCGCGUGUUACAGGUCACUGCAACCGACGGAGACAAGGAUAGACCGCAGAACAUCGUUUACUUCUUGACUGGUCAGGGCAUUGAUCCGGAUAACCCGGCAAACAGCAAGUUUGAUAUUAAUAGAACUUCUGGAGAGAUCUAUGUACUGAAGCCAUUAGACCGUGAUCAACCAAACGGUCGACCUCAAUGGAGGUUUACAGUAUUUGCUCAAGACGAAGGUGGAGAAGGUCUUGUUGGUUAUGCUGACGUUCAAGUCAAUCUCAAGGACAUUAAUGACAACGCUCCAUUAUUCCCACAAGGAGUUUACUUUGGCAAUGUAACUGAGAAUGGUACAGCAGGAAUGGUCGUAAUGACAAUGACGGCAAUGGAUUACGAUGAUCCUAAAGAAGGAACGAACGCCAAGCUGAUUUAUUCUAUAGAAAAAAAUGUCAUUGAAGAGGAAACGGGUUCACCGAUCUUUGAAAUUGAAUCUGAAACUGGCGUUAUUAAAACCGCAGUCUGCUGUUUAGAUAGAGAACGUACACCAGACUAUUCGAUACAAGUCGUUGCAAUGGAUGGAGGGGGUUUAAAAGGAACGGGGACAGCAUCAAUACGAGUGAAAGAUAUAAAUGAUAUGCCACCCCAGUUCACUAAAGAGGAGUGGCUUACUGAGGUCGAUGAAACUGAUGGACCAGAUCUCCCAGAUAUGCCCAUUCUGACCGUCACUGUUCACGAUGAAGAUGAAACGAAUAAAUUCCAAUACAAG